AUGGGGCAGGCCGGCUCCGCGCAGCAGAAGAGCGCUCUGCGCGACGUGCUGUCGCUGCGCCGCGCCAACGUCUCGAGCACCGAGCUGGAGGAGGUCCUGCGCACCUUCUGCGCCUUGUUCCCGCUCGAGCUGCAGGUGCCGGUGGACGCCGACCCGAACCUGCUGAGCAGCGUCGUGGGCGUCGACGUCAAGGAGCGGCGGCUCUUCGACGUGGUGCACGGCCUGCUGCAGGACCAGACGGAGCAGUCGCAGCGCCGCAAUGGGCGGGACAUGACGGGGCUCAUCCUCACGAGCUUCCGCCGCGUGAUCCGCUGGCGGGAGCUCUACAAGCUCUGCGCCAAGUGCUCGCUCAAGCCCUUCCUCACGUGCCUCUACCGGCCGUCUCCGUCGCUCGUGCUGUCGGUGCUGGAGACGCUGGAGCUCAUGCUCAAGCCCUGUCCGGGCUUUGAUCCCGGCGACAAGGCUGCAGACCGGAGCGAAGCCGCCAAUCGACGCAAUUUCGGAGAUGCGGGAGGCUACGAAGUGCUGCGCUCGCUGCUGGUGCAAUACGGAGCUGCGGUGGGGGAGAACGAGCAGCAGGAACAGGCGGCAGCCGUGCUGGAAGGCGUGCUCAAGAUCUUCCACUUGACGCUGGUGACGAGGAAAGCCACGACGGAUAUGAUGACGUGCUCGCAGGCGGUGGAGGCGCUGAUGAAUGCCCGCGUGUCGCUGCUGGACUUGUGUCAUUGUCGAGACAGCAAGCACAGUGUCAUGGAGCUGGCGAUUGGGCUGGUGAAGGAGCUGUUUCGUAUUGUGGAUCUGGACCAGGUCCACGAGCUGCAGGAGUCAGCGAGGGAGUACGGCGCGCUGCUGUACGCACUCGCAGCGGCAGUACAGGAGGAUGAAGAGACGAAAGCUACAGAUAAUGGGAAGAAGGUGGAGAGCGAGGACGAAGCAGAACGUAAAAGGCGCGAGUUGUGCGUCGAUCUCGUCGAGGUGUUCUGCGCCGGCAACACUCGCUCGAAGAAGGCGAUGUACCGUAUUUUCCCCGUGGAGCUCUUCAUCCCAGCGAAGAACCGUGCUGACCUCAUGUCGCGGCACACUACGACGUCUCCUACUGUAAUGGCGCAAACCAAAGCUGCUGCUGCGACCCGCAGUGCACGGACGUUGCCGCACUUUUCGUUUGAUUUCGAGCAGCCGAGACGCACAUCGAUCGCGACGUCGAAUACUUCCACGAGUAGUGCAAGUAGCGAGAACAAGCGGAAUCGCGUCGUGGCGCUCGCGUAUAACGCUAUGAAUUUUGGUGGCGGAGCAUUCGAGCGCUGGCUGGGAGACGCUCGCGCACAAGGCGAGCACUGGCGAGAAAUUAUUGAGGCUGUUCGACGGACACACGAGAGUCCGGAACUUAUCUGGCGAGCGUCGAUGCGCGCCGAGUUACGUGAAGCUUUGCAAGCAGAAAUUGAGUCCCUGGAGCGACGGCGACAUAAUGGUGAUGACGAUGAGGUGGCCCAGUUCGGUGAGCAAGUGCCGCGCUGGGAUCACGAGAUGUUCUAUGUGGAGUACCCGUCCAUGCAUGACGAGCUCGUGGUCAACGAUUACUUUGUGGAGUAUCUGAUCCCGAAAGUGGCUGAUUUGACGACGACGUAUGAGAUUGCUGAGCCCGUCGUAUUAGCUUGGCAUCUCUCCGACCAGCUUGCGGUAGAGCACGAUGAAAAGUGGGCGCUGCUGUGCGUGCGAUGUCUUCGACUGGUUAUCAGACGGUAUGCUAUGCUAUUUCAUGGCCAACUACCCACCCAGUACAUACUGCUGCUAUUGCGGGACCACAUAAAUCACUCGCCCGCUUUCGUGCGCGAGUGUUUUCUUCUCUUGAACACUGCUAUCGUUACAGCACGCAACACACCAUCGGAAAGCUUCAACGAGCUUUGCAUCGCUGUGACGCGAACCAUUGUGGGCGUCCUAACAGACCCUGUUCUGCUAGCAACACUUUCGACGCCCCUUGAAUCGGAUGACGAAGCGGGCCCGGACGACUCGAUUCAUCUCGCUGGACUGGAGGAAGACGCUGUGUCGGUGAUUAACGAGCGUGAUGCAUUGAUUCGAGCUGGUAUUUCUCUUCUGCUGGCGAUUGUCCGGCGCGCUAAAUUCGUCCUGCGGCUCGUCCGCCCCAAGCGAAUGUUCUUGUGCCGUUUACUUACAGUGGAAACUCUGGAUCAUGUGACGAUAACGCGGUUACUUUUCGUGUUGAAGCAGCUGGCGCUGCUGGAUAACAGUGGUGACUAUGGUACAGCUAUUGGAUCUGGGGGGAUAUCUAGUCGCCUCUCGUCAGCUUCAUCGCCAUCACGUCCAUCUUCAGUGGCGUCACAUGCGAGUUCAACGACGGACAGCAGUCACUGGAGGUCGCUUACGUUGGUGUAUGUUCUAUUGGCUAGCUGUGAUCCCAAAGGUAUGGGUAUGUGUGUUGCAGCUGCAGAGUUUCUCAAAGAAUGUAGCGCGCAGCCUCCGAGCCAACGCAGCGCCUCUGGUUCUAAAGGAACGUACUCAAGCCCUUCGUCGAAUGAACUAAACGAUUUGUUGAACGAAGCGCUUGGGUUUGGUGGGUGUGGAAUGGGACGGCUGCUAUAUUCCGUAAGUGCGGAAGUGUUCGCGGAGACAUUCAACUCACCCCAAAAGCGUGCCGCGGAUGUGAACUGGGGGCGGAAGCAGCGUGUGCGACUGUAUCGGUAUCUGAAGCACAAAUAUUUGGGUUCAGGUGAAUCAUCGGAGUCGAGCAUGUCAUGGAAUACUUUUGCAGAGGAUGACAUGGACCACCGCUAUGAAGAUGACGAUCUCUUCAUCGGCAAUAUUUUUCUUCGCUCUUAUAUUGAAGGCGACGGCGAAUUUUUGAAUGAGUGGGCGCCUGAAAUGUACAGCGAGCUGAUUAAUGCGCUGUUUGAGGAGCUGGUAGUGCUUGGCCGGAGAAAGUCCGGGUAUAUCGGAGGUGGAAGUGUUGGCCCGUUACCCUCACCACCGCAGCAACCGUCCGUGAGCCAGUCUUCAAUCAGUAGUGGCGGUUCGUGUGCUGCUGAGCCGUGGGAGGUCCAGGUGCUGAUAUUAAAGGCGCUAGCCCGACUCGUCCCUUCACAUUGUGCUGAGGUCAAGAUCAAGGCAGAGUUCUAUGACUCCUUGUUGGCACCUCUUCGCCGAUCAAUGCUUAGUGAGGUGGACCAAAUUCGUGGGAUCUUGUCUUUGGAUCUCUUUGUGGCGUUGUUAUCUGUCUCAGAGUCGCGCAGUGUAAACACAGCUGCGUGUCGACUGUUCCUGAAGGAGAAGGGCUUGAAAGCCUUAGCUGACGCACUAGAACGCAUGCGCAGCCCGGCAUUCCAGCAAUUGCUGCAAACAGUUGAAGUGUUCGGCCCCCGUCGGCGGAGCAACCCCAGUAACCAGAACAUGGCGCGAGUACUUUUGUAUCGGUCGACAGACGUGCUAUCUCUUCUGGCAAAGCAGCACGAACCUGGAAUUCAAGCGCUCACAAAUAAUCCUGAAGUCGUCACCGCAUUGCUCGAGUUAGCGUCACGCCCAGUCAUCACACAGUAUGCGGACAUUGACGCUGCAAGUGUAUGUCUGAGCUGUCUCGGUGGACUAUGCCACUACGAUGAACUUCGGGCCCUGGUGGUUGCUGCUGGUGGGCUGCUAUCACUUAUUGAUAUUGUCGCGUUCUGCCCUGCUGAAGAGUUUGAGAAACCCUCCUCUGCAGAAUCACCAGUAACAGACGACCAAAGUGAGUCCGAUACCUCCGAUGGCGACGAUGCUGAAAAGACAAGUGAGAAAGCUAGUGAUGGCAAUGGUCACGCCACCAACCAACCACCCGAGGAGGUCCAGCGCGUGCCCUCACGCUUCUUCGGUGCAAUUCGUAGUGCAGCCUUGGUAUUGCGGGCUUGUCUGGGGCCCAAAAAUGCCCCCGCUCCGUCAUUACCGACGCAAGUGCUGUACCAGCUUCUUACGCCAAGCUUCGUUCGAGUACUGCGUACGUCUCCAGAUCAAUUCAUUCUGGAGCUACAAACCACCGAAGAUAUCAGCACUGCAACGCUGGUAUGGACAGUCAGCAUGCGGCAACGUCUGCAGAAAUGCAUCACCGCAGAGCUGGCGAAGGUGAAAACUGCAGCUGCAGCCAAGAAGUGGCCACGCUGGGACCCCGAGCAUUUCGUAGCUGCCGACUCAUUCCGGUACCAGUACCCAGAGCUGACAGACGUGCUGGUAUUGCACGACGUGUACCUGGCCAACUUCGUCGCGACGCCUGCGGAAGACUUGGAUCUGGGGGAUAUCGACAUGGCGUCGUUCUCUGAGGCGCUGCUGAUCUCCAUCCAGAGCCAUGAGAACGUGCUUCGGAUCUUGCAGGAGCGCGGCUCGAGCGACCCAACCAAGGAGGCCGCCAUCCGCCUGAUGCGGCAGGCCAUGGACAAGCUCGUGAGCAAGCACCCGCAGCACAACCUCGAGGUGGAUGCGAGUCGUGGCGUCCCACUCUCCGACGGCUCGCCGGCCGUGUCACCUGCCGCCCCUGGGAUGUUUUCACCCGAAACGCUAGCAGCAGUGAACUCGUUUUCGCCGACGGAUGACCGAGACUGGGACAUCACGCGCAUUGAACGCUGCAGCUCGUCAGGCAUCGAGGACCUGACCGUAUAA